AGGGCUCUCGCGGUGGUGACGGUUGUUAUAGCGGCGCGCGCGGAUCCGAGGAGAGAGAUAUAGGAGAGAUAGCGACGCGCACGAGGCCGCGAGAUGGGGCGCAGCCUGGCGCAGUGGACCAAGACGCUCAGCUUCCCGGCGAGGAUCUCGCCGCAGAAGCAGCAGCACCAGGCCAAGACGGCGGACAGCGGGGCCUCCUCCCCCAGCGGGUCCACCAGCUCGCACCGGCGACCGGCCCUGCCCUGCACGGAGGCGGGCGGCGACCAGCCGGACUCGGAGAAGGUGCUCACGAGCUCGCUGGUGCACUGCAUCCACCACAAGGACGGCUGCCAGUGGACGGACCAGCUCAGGAAGCUCAAGGCGCACCUGAACACGUGCCGCCACGACGCCGUGCCGUGCGCUAACCGCUGCGGCGCGCACAUCCCGCGCCUGCUGAUGGAGGACCACCUCAAGUACACGUGCGCCGGGCGGCGCGCGCGCUGCGACUUCUGCGCCAGAGAGUUCAGCGGCCUGGAGCUCGAGAGUCACGCGGGCACGUGCGGCCACGAGCCGGUGUACUGCGAGAGCAAGUGCGGCCUGAAGCUGCCGCGCCGCCUGCUGGGCGCGCACCGCGGCUCCGAGUGCUGCAAGCGGCUGGUGCCGUGCCGCCACUGCGGCGCGCAGUUCGUGGCCGAUACGCUGCAGGCGCACCACGCCAAGUGCGGCCGCUACCCGGUGUCCUGCCCGGCGCAGUGCGGGCAGGAGGCGUUGCCCCGGGAGGACCUGGAAGCGCACCUGGCGGGCCGCUGCCCCGCCGCGGGCGGCAGCUGCGCCUACAAGGAGGCAGGCUGUCGCUUUAAGGGCUCCCCGCACGCCCUGGAGAAGCACCUGGCCGAGGAGGCGCAGCAGCACCUGCAGCUGGUGUGCGGCCUGGCGACCCGGCAGGCCGGCCAGAUAGCCAGCCUCAAGAGCGCGCUCGCCCGCCUCGCCGUCAACUGCUCAGGAACUCUGGUCUGGAAGAUCACAAACUUCGCCACCAAGAUGUCCGACGCCAAAACCAAAGAAGGGAUGGAACUAGUCAGCCCUCCGUUCUACACUAGUCAGUACGGGUACAAGCUCCAGGCCUCCCUGUUCCUGAACGGGAACGGAGCGGGGGAGGGAACGCACAUCUCCAUCUACAUCAAGAUCCUGCCCGGGGAGUACGACACCCUGCUGGGCUGGCCCUUCUCGCACUCCGUCGCCUUCACGCUCUUCGACCAGGCGCUCUCCUCCGAGAAGGCCUGCAACAUCGUGGAGAGCUUCAUCCCGGACCCCACGUGGAAGAACUUCCAGCAGCCGAGCAAGGAGCCCGACUCGCUGGGGUUCGGCUUCCCGCGCUUCGUGUCCCACGAGGUGCUCAAGAAGAGGCACUUUGUGCGCGACGACGUGCUCUUUCUGCGCGUGCAGGUGGACCCCAGCAGCAUCGUGGCCGUGUGACCUCGUGCAGCAGCGAAAUGGCUCGCGGAGAACGCUGGGACGCCGCCCUCGGCAGCAGUGGAGUGGGUUCGCUUGCGGGGCGAGAGACCAGCGUCUGUGUCGAGACAUCACCAGGGCUCUGCGAACACUGGGUUCGAUUGUUCGCAAAUUGUGGCCGCAUGCGUGAAAGGGUAUCUGCUCCCAGCCACUGUAAUGUAAAACUUUUACCGUUUCAGUUACAUAGUCUCUAUUGAAUUAAAUCAGCGGUUCUCAAUGUUUGCAGAUAUAAAAAUAAAUAUAGUUAUUCUAUCGUACCAUUUAAUUCGAGCAUACGCCCGAACAUUGAAGAAAUUCGUUAGGCUUAAUCAGGCAUAUGUUUAUCAUAAACACAAGAAUGUAUAAACUUAAGGUAUGUUUCAUUUCAUUUUGUUAUCACAUACCUUUUGUUUGUAAUAUUUGACUUAAGUAUGAUAUUUUAUUUCUCAGAAAUUUGUACAUGGCAUGCCUACAAUUCAAUGUGCCCUGACUUCAAAACGUUUGAGAACCAAUGUAUUAACUAUUUAUAUGUAAACAUUCUUUUUGCAGAUUUGAAUAUAUAUUAUAACGGCAGAGUGGAAUCUUUAGGCAUUGAAAGUUAUACAUACUAAAUUUUUUAUUUGGAACUCCUUUAACUGCAUUGUUAAUUUUCUAGGGCAGAAUGAAGGAGAAAAUUUUGAUUAUUGAUUUUUUUUUUAAUGUUUUAGUUCUGGUGUCUGGGAAUCUCUUAAAGAAUUUUUUUAAGAGCCUGUUUCCUAGAUCACUGGUUUUUUUAUUAUUGAGGAUUGAAGUAAUGCAUGAUAUAUAAUUAAAAUUCUAAAUUUUAAUUGAACUUCAGGCCUGUGCGAAUCUACAACUAAGCGAAUCAUUUGAACCUAUUUUUAGUAUUCUAUUUGACUUCGCCAGGAAGUUUGCUGUUUGUUUUAUUUGAAGCUUUGGUUUUGAUGCAAAGCUUUGCAUGUAAUUGAAAGUUCUGAAUUUGUUCCAAAGUCUUAAAAUAUUGGAAGCCUAAGAUUUACUUAUGAAAAUAUUUACUUAAAAAAUCAAAAGAAGGCGCUCCGUUUGCUUUUAUAAAUGCUCAGUAUUAAUAUUAUGCAUGAGUAUUUUAUAAUUCUAUUGAACUAAUUAGUUUAAUGAUUAUUAUUAUUUUUUACUUAAAUUUUGUACUUUAUAAAAUAAGUUUAAUACAGCAUUGCAGAAAACAAUAUCCACAGUUCGAUACGGGAAUAUUUUAAACAUUCUAUUUUUUAUUCACUUUGCAUCAAAACACUAGUAUUCGCACAGGCAUAUUGAACUAAACACAUGUCAUUGGAAUGUGUGAAAUCAUUUGGUACAUAGAAAUUUUGGAACAUUUCUUGCUCAGAUUCCUAGUAACAUGAGUACUAUACAAUGAUGGUUCGGUUAAGAGUUUCCAGUAAUUGAGAAGAAUCAGCAAAGUCCAUCUGAGCCCACUUUAACUAGGGAAUUCCAUCAUUCAUAAUUUUAACUAAGUUGGUUCCAAAUUUAUCCCGAGUCCAUUUUAAUUCAAACCUCUGUGCAUCGCAAUGUGGUCUUUACAAUAAAAUGGGCUUCGGCAGCUGUUCAUGGUGUAGACAGAUAAGAUAUUAUAAUUGGAAAGCAAUAUUCUUAGGACUAUUGAUGCAGAAGGGAAUUCAGUGCAGUUGAAUUUGUGUUGAAAUGAAUGUGUAAAAUUGUAAUUUCAUCUCCACACUUUAAGAUAUCAAAUACUAGUGCAUACUACCAAAAAUAAGUUUGUAAUGUGUAAAUAUUUUGUAACCCAAGAACUGAAUAGUUGUUUGCACAUAAAAUUUGUAUCUUACUCACUCCAGCUAGAGAUAAAUGCGGUAACAUCGAAGAGAUUUAUUAUAAUUAUGUACCAGUGUGAACUUUUUAUUACGUGACUUUAUGUACAUGGAUGAUUAGAUUUUUUUAAUUUGUUUUGUGGCAUAACGUGACAAUAAGCAGGUCUUCUUCAGACCAUAAGUGCUCAGUUUAGUUUUGAUUGUUAAUGCAGAGUCAACCGCCACGGCCACUAAUCACUCACAUCAAUUACAGAGAUCAAUUCCUAUGGAUUCCAGGCUGAGUUAACCCUGAGAAAGCCAUAAAAUGUUUACAGCCAGAAAAUUCACUAAAAAUAUACAGAAAUAUACACUAAGAAUAAAGUUACAAAAUAAUAAAGGAAUAAAACAUAUUAGAGUAUGGUUAAUUACUGCCCAAAAUUUUUUUUGUAAGCUAUGAAACAAUGAUUUUCAAAAAAAUUAUGUUAUUUCUGAAAAAGCACUAACAGGUUUUUUUUAUGUAUUAUUUAUAACGUAUUGAAAUUAUAAAGGUUAAACUGGACAAAUGUCACACAAAUUUUGUUUGAAUUUUGUAAACAUCCCUUUUUUACCAUUAGUACUUUAAGGUGAACAUGCAAGGCCGGGGAAGUUUUUAAAAAACUUUCAAUAUAAUAUUUUUAUACUUCGCUUCAACUUCAAAAUAAUUUUUUUUUUUUAAGGUAGUUAAGAAAUUUUAUUAUUUUACUUGACAGUUAAAUGUACCACAGAUACAUAUAAAUUGUCUUUGAGUAGUUGUCAUCUCAUUACUAUCUGUCACUUGUGAGCAGAUGAUCAUUAUCAGUAAACUUAAUCAUUUUAAUAUGUACAUAAAACUUAUAGUAGCUCAAACUAAAAUGAUAAGUUUUUGAUAAUUAUAGGGAAUGAACUUGAAGACAGUUAAACACUUGCAUAGUUGCUUAAAUUUUCCCGGAGAUAAAAAACUUUUUGAAAUUUCCCUGAUUAUCCAGAUGAAAUAAUGAAGCUGUUAAUAUACACACGUUGAAACUUUUCAACUUUUAAUUUCCCGUUGUCCUGAUUGAAAUGUAGAAUUUUAGUGAAGGAAAUAUAAAGCGGAUUCAAUGUGACGCCUAGCAACUACUAACAGAAUUACUCACACAUUAAAUUAAAUUUACUAAUUAUUGUACAUGAAACUAAAAUAACUUUCAUCACAAUAAAGAUGGCAUGUGAUUAUCCCCAGAUAUUCAUUAUUGGUCUCAAUAGAGUAAGUGAAUGUAAAUAUGUAAUAUAAAUUGUGUGUUGUGUUCCAAAGAUGUGUACAUAUUGUUUGGCCAAAGAUAAUUGUUUACAUGUCUUGUAUAUUUGUGAAGUUUUUCUGUCAGUGCAAUGUAUUAGAGUUAUUUUUUAGAGCCUAGUUUUGUAGCUGUGAACAAUUUCAUUUUCAGUGACCAUGAUGUUUAGGUUGUUUAUUUAUUUUUAAUGUAAGUAUUUUGAGUACGUUGCUGCUCCCUCGACAUGGUGUUGUUUGCAGUCAAAGACGGUGAGUGUUCCAAUGCUGGCCAGUAAAAGAAUAGCGUUGGUUGACAAUUAAAACAUCACCUCAGCCAGCUAAGGUAGCAGGUUUCAUACUGGAAUGAAGCGAGGGCGAUUACAAGUUUUUAGCAGCUCUUUAAUUUCGAAACUGUUCAUAUUGUCGUUAGUGAUGGGCAAUACGGAUAAAAACUGUUACAGAUCCAAUUACUGAUACAUUUACUUAAAAGAUCUGUUAACCGAUACAGAACCGUUUUCAAAACUUUUUGUAAACAAUCACAAUGCAAUUCUCCAGAAAUUCUGUAUUUUUAAAUAAUAAGUCAUUACCUAAAUAAUUCUUUAUUUAAAGGAUUUUUGGUAGAUGAAAUAAAAUUAGGCAGAACAUAAUACACUUGACUGUUAAAUUACAAAAAAAAUUGGAGUAAAAUAUGCCCAUGGAACUAUACACGAGUAAAUAGAAAAAAUGGGUACUUUCUUCAUGUGUAUCAGUUUUUUUAAGUAUCGAUCGGAAAUGAUUGCAUCGGGAACCCAGAAAAUUGAGAAUAUCAGAUGGUACGAUACUAAAACAAUUGGGUACAUCGGUGCAUCCUUUUUUUUUUUUUUUUUUUUUUCAUUUACCAUUUUUCACUUGCAUAAUUUUCGUGUGAAUAUCCAUAGAGGCAAGCUGUACCCAUGCUAAUUUGUCAAAAUUGGGGAAUAAAUAUAAUUAAUGAUCAGAGACAUUUUUAUCAAGUAGCAAAAAAAAAAUGUUUGUGUUAAAAAGUUCUAAACCAAUGCUCGGGAACGUUCAGAAAUGCUAUUUAUUACAGAAAAUAUAGUUUCGCUACAGUCCUGCGAGUCAACAUAACGCAAUGUUGGUAAUGGGGAUUUGGUUUUGCGGGGGAACGCGCUGCUCUAGCGACUGCGAGCUCGGCCGUGUGGGGGCGAGCGGCGAGGCGUGCUCACUAUAGCUGGGGCUAACCAAAGGGUGUGUGAAUACCAGAUGCAGCGUGUACCAUAGUCUGUACCAUUGCUGUUACAGUCAGCUCUGUCCAUACCAAUGUGCAAACUGUGUUCAGUGUCGCAAUAAAUACUGUAUCUUGUGCAAA